AUGACUGUCCCUAUCAACAAAGCAGAGCAAGCAUAUUUGGAUCUUUGUCAGCGAAUCAUCGAUGAAGGGGAGCACAGACCUGAUAGGACAGGAACUGGUACCAAAUCCCUCUUUGCUCCACCACAAUUACGAUUUGAUUUGUCAAAUGAUUCAUUCCCUUUACUCACUACUAAACGAGUGUUUUCCAAAGGCAUAAUUCACGAACUUUUGUGGUUUGUAGCUGGAUCUACCGAUGCCAAGAUUUUGAGUGAAAAAGGGGUCAAGAUAUGGGAAGGUAAUGGUCUGCGAGAAUUUUUGGACAACUUGGGAUUAACUCAUCGUCGUGAAGGUGAUUUGGGACCAGUUUAUGGUUUCCAAUGGAGACAUUUUGGUGCUGAAUAUCAAGAUUGUGAUACCGACUACACCGGCCAAGGAUUUGAUCAAUUACAAGAUGUAAUCAAGAAAUUGAAGACUAAUCCGUAUGAUCGAAGAAUUAUCAUGUCAGCUUGGAAUCCUCCUGAUUUCCCAUUGAUGGCAUUACCUCCAUGUCAUGUAUUUUGUCAAUUUUACGUAAGUUUCCCUAAUAAUUAUCAACAAACUCCGGAUGCUAAUACCACCAAGCAAGCAAAAACAUCAAGCAGACCAAAAUUAUCCUGUUUAUUAUAUCAAAGAUCGUGUGACAUGGGAUUGGGUGUCCCAUUCAAUAUUGCAUCCUAUGCAUUACUUACCAAGAUGAUUGCACAUGUGGUAGAUAUGGACUGCGGAGAGUUUAUUCAUACCCUAGGUGAUGCUCAUGUAUACUUGGAUCAUAUUGAUGCAUUGAAGGAGCAAAUGACGAGAAUUCCAAAACAAUUCCCUAAAUUGGUUAUUAAAGAGGGUAGAAAAGAGGAGAUUAAAAACAUUGAUGAUUUCAAGUUUGAAGAUUUUGAAAUUGUUGGAUAUGAACCGUAUCCUUCGAUCAAAAUGAAAAUGAGUGUUUGA